CCGCGCGCGGGGGCCGCCGGGCCGGGCGCCCCCUCCUGCGGUUCCGUCCGAGGCCGGGAUGUGGGGCCCUGUGCGUGUCGGAGGCCGAGGCGGGCAGUGGCCUGGUUCUUCCAGAAGCACGAGAGUCCCCGGCCGGGGUCACCGGGGCGCGCGGGCACACGGGCAACCGUGACGUGGGAGCCGCUGGGCGCUUGCUCCUCCGGACACAGGGAGGGAAAAAUAAGAUACGCUGAAGAAGAGCCUGACCCAAAGCGAAGACUCAAACUGGUUAUGUUGAGAUGCUCAAAGUCCCAGAGUUUAAAACCUGGGAAUUUAAAACUUUGGCUCGAGACUCAGAACCAGCAGAGAGAAACACCACUCGCUCCUCAGUGAGGCUGGUCGCAAAUGAUGGCUAGAGAACUGAGCGAACGUGCAGGCCUGGGUGCCUGCUCUGCAGAGGAUGAAAUGGGACUUGUGGUCGUGAAAGUGGAGGAGGAAGAGGCCACCGCCUUGGUGGAGGAGAACAGUGUUCUGGCCCCAGAACGCGCCCGCUUGUGUUUCCGCGCCUUCCGCUACCUCGAGGCCGCUGGCCCCCAAGAGGCCCUGAGCCGGCUCCGCGAGCUCUGCCGCCAGUGGCUGCGGCCCGAGACCCACAGCAAGGAGCAGAUGCUGGAGCUGCUGGUGCUGGAGCAGUUCCUGGCCGCCCUGCCCGGGGAGCUGCGGGCCCGGGUGCGCACGCAGCACCCGGCAAGUGGGGAAGAAGCUGCUGCACUACUGGAGUUUGUGGAGGGGCAGCUGGAGGAGGCGCCGCUGCAGGUCUCAAGAGGCCAGGGACAAGCACUUCUGGGUUGUAAGGCGGAACUGGUGACAACAACCCAGAUGUCACAGAGUGGCCAAGUCCAGGCAGUGAAGCCUCUGCUCAAGCCUGCAUCUCAGGGACCCAACCCCUCACAGGACACAGGUGGUGAAAUGCAGGCUAAGAUCAGGGGCUUGUCUCCAGCUAAGGAGUGUCCAGGACAAGAGCCUGGGCAGACUCCGUGCCACCUGGAUGAGGACACUGCCCAAGUUCCUGCUUGUGCUGAAGCUGGUGAAUGGGAGGACAGGUUACAGAGAAAGCAGAAAAAUGCUACAGGGAGCAGGCGGCACAUUUGCCGUGAAUGUGGAAAGAGCUUUGCUCAAAGUUCAGGCCUGAGUAAACACAGAAGGAUCCACACUGGAGAGAAACCCUACGAGUGUGAGGAGUGUGGGAAAGCCUUCAUCGGGAGCUCUGCCCUUGUCAUUCACCAAAGAGUCCAUACGGGUGAGAAGCCGUAUGAGUGUGAAGAGUGUGGCAAGGCCUUUAGUCACAGCUCAGACCUUAUCAAACACCAGAGAACACACACGGGAGAGAAGCCCUAUGAGUGUGAGGACUGUGGGAAAACCUUCAGCCAGAGCUGCAGCCUCCUUGAACAUCACAGAAUUCAUACUGGGGAGAAGCCAUACCAGUGCACCAUGUGUGGCAAAGCCUUUAGGCGGAGUUCACAUCUCCUGAGACACCAGAGGAUCCAUGGUGAUAGAAAUGAGCAGGAACUUCAGCUUAGAGAUUCCUGGAAAGGUCAGGCCAAGAUGGAAAGCCAGUGGGAAAAUGCUAAAACUCCUGUGUCUUAUAAAUGUAAUGAGUGUGAGAGAAGUUUCUCUCAGAAAAUAGGACUUACUGAACAUCAAAAAAUCCACACUGGUGAGAAACCCUAUCAGUGUGAUGUGUGUGGAAAAGGCUUCACCCGAACUUCAUACCUCUCUCAGCAUCAGAGGAGCCAUGUAGGGAAGAAAGUUCUGUCUCAGUGACCCCAUGUGUGCAUAGCAGAGUUGGUGCUCAUUUGUAAUGGAAUGGAAGCCACGUGGAGCCUUGCUGGCUACAGAAGUUGUGAGCGGAGUUUUAUUUGCUAAUACACAUCAUCAGGUGUUAGAAAAUGCAUUCUGGCUGAGGUAAAUUACAGUUUAGAAGAUGAUCAAAGAGAACUGAGUUCAUGGGAGGCUAUGGGAGAGGUAUUGGAUGCAGUAGGACCUGAGUAUUUUGUCCUCACCUACUUGAACUAAAUUAGCCUCCAGAUUCACUAAUUUCCAUCAGCCUGCACCUUAUGAUGUCCUGCUGUGACCAUACAUUUUCACUAUAGUGAACCCACCAUAAUUGGUCAGAUUCAUGAAGUCUUACAAUCCCCUCUGUGCCUUGUAUACAGGUGCUAAUUAACAUUUAUUAAGUGCACCCACGAAGUUACCUACAUAACUCAAAGUCUGAUGUUCUAGAAUUUUGUGGAACCUUUUAUCAAGAUCAAUUUGCUUGUAUCUAAAGAAUUGAGGUUGUAGAUUCUGAAUCAUCCUAUUGCUCUUUUUUGCCACACACACAGGAUUGAUCGAGUGGGAUGAAGUUGGGGUAACUUUGAUAGAAUUCAUUUUUCUUGCCUAGGAAUUCUAUUCGGAAUGCCUUAAGCAGCUUCAUCAUUGAAUCGUUAUCAAUGUGUGCUAUCCAUGAAUUCCUUUCUUUUUCUCCAAUGUUAAUUGUACUACUCAUGAGGAAGAAAGUUUCUCCUAUUCAGUUGGUGUGAGCAUCAGUUACGUGGUCAGAAUAAAAUUCAUCUUCUGAGGUUAA